AUGCCUGAACUGCCUUCCAAUUCCGAAGCCCCUAGCUUCGCCGACUUACGAGCACUCGCUCUCGAGUGCUUUGGCAAGCGGCCAUGUCUUUGGCAAAUGAAAGUCGCUAAAGCCUUUGUUCAGAAAGACCGUGAUAUAGUCUGUAUCGCUGGCACGUCGCUGGGGAAAACUAUGUCAUUCUGGUUGCCUCUUCUCUUAAAGAAAGGCCUCCAGAUCAUUGUGACACCUUUAAAUCAACUCGGAAAGCAGAACGUGGACUCACUUGCGAAGGCCGGCAUGCAAAGUAUAUCAAUAUCGGCAGAGACGGCCAGCUGGAGUAAUUUUCGUGAUAUUGAAGACAUGAAGUACCUGGUUGUGAUAGUCAGUCCAGAGCAGCUGAUGAAGCCAGGGGGAGAGUUUGAAAAACUUCUACACAAACCUGAGUUUGCUUCGCAGAUCAUCAGAUUUAUCUUCGAUGAAGCACACUGUAUAACGUCAUGGGGGGAGUUCCGUCCAGAGUACAAGGAGUUGCAACGCUUACGCUACAUUUUACCAUGCUAUGUGCCCUUUAUGAUGGCAUCCGCGACACUGGCACCCAGUGAUCUUUCCCAUGCAAAACGCCUUCUUCGAAUGCGCGCAGAAAACCUCGUAACCGUCAAAACUUCUAUUGAUCGUUUUAAUAUCAAGCUCUGUGUUCGGAAGAUCAAACACUCACUUGCGUCAUUCCAAGACUUGGCGUUUCUCAUCCCCGAUGGGUGGAAGAACAACGAUCCCAUACCACCGAAGUUCCUUGUUUUUUUCGACAGUAUUCAGGACGCAAUCGCAGCCGCUAAAUCACUGCAGAAGCGACUUCCCGUCGAGAUGCGUGACAAAAUAAAAUGGUUUAAUUCAGAUAUGACCACGGAAUAUAAAGAAAACGAAGUCCGCCGGCUUACCUCAGGUGAGACAUGGGGACUUUGCACAACUGAGUCGUUCGGAAUGGGAAUGGACAUACCUGACAUCAUGCUCGUUAUCCAAUGGAGGGCAACAUGCAAGCUAUCAACAUUGUGGCAGAGAUGGGGGCGCGCUGCCAGAGAUCGGCUGCUGCAGGGCACUGCAGUCCUAUUUGCCGAGAAGGAAUAUUUUGACGAUGUGCACCAAGAGAGACGUCAGCGUCAAGAGACGAGGAAGCGGAAAGCUGAUGACAAGUCCAGCGCACCUGCUGCUAUGAUCCAAUCCAGAAAUAAACGCCAGCAUGUAGCCAAGCAAGUCAUAGCACCCACAGAAGAAGUUGAGGAUGAGAACGUUCAAGUUGAAGAUGAGCGCAUGGAUGGGAAUGAACGUGGCAACAAUGCGGGCGAAGGAGAUAGGGAUUCAGAGCUACGCGACAUGCUUACAUCAACUGCGGAGGGAAAGACUAGAUGGAACGCACGGAAGAAAAGGAAAGAACUCGAUCCUCCGAUGGACUGCUUAAUAAAUGCCCAUCUCCGGGAUACAAUCCAGUGUCGACGGAGAGUAUUUUGUGUUCACUUUGACGAAACGUCUGCAGCUCCAGACCACUUCGCUUGUGAUCCAUCACUUCCGCAAGGCUGUUUACGUUGCGCACCUGUCCCACCCGAGACCUGCUGCGAUAUCCACCACCCAAACGCAUUCCUGUUCUUCGACGCUAUCGUGCCAACACUUCCCAAGGCCCCUCAACGCUCUCGUCUUCCCAAGCACACUACCAUGGGACCAGCGGGAUUUGAUCUGUGCGGGUCUUUGGAGGAUUGGCGAGAGGCAGUAACCCGAAGAGUAUAUGGAGAUUCCAACCUCUGCGACUAUGGUCCCAGCCUUGUCAUGCCUGACUCCGUGCUAGAUCGUAUUGUGGACUGCGCACAGCACACAAAAAUCGUUACCAUUCAAGACCUCCGCAAAGAGACGCGGUGGUCUGGUUCUGACGAAUUCGGUGGUGAUAUCAUUACCAUUAUACACCGUCUCUUCCCAGUUCCUGCCUCCGCACCGGUUCUCACUUUGGCUCCUCUCCAACACCAAUCAUCAUCCGUAUCCGUCAACAACAGCGCCAACAACAACAGCGCCAACAACAGCGCCAACAACAACGCCACUCCUCCUUCAAAUCCCCUUCAAUCAACAGCACGAAAAGCCAGCCGUUGUAGCGCCUGUAAUAUUGAGGGACAUAACAGUAGGUUUCUCUUGUUUUAA